GUUAGCGUAUAUUUAAAAGAAAAGGGAAAGGAAUGCAUCGCAAUUUAUUAACAAGUAUCAAAUGGCAAAACCCCUAAAUAUAGGCGGCUGGGGCCCAGAACUACGUAGUGAUGCAGACAUACAAGCUUUAGUAGAUAACAAUCCACAGAUGAUAUCACUUGUGAGGGCAGCUUUGAAUGAUCAAGAUCUUCAGGUCACAUCGCUUACUUACCGAAGUCAACGUGUAGCAGGAAUGAAUUACGUUGUAAAGGUGAGAAUACAAAGUAGCGAGACUCAGUAUGCUCUACUAAGAAUAUAUCAACCUCUACCUGGACAAGGACAGCUAGAGCUAGUGAAAUGUAAAGUCAUUCAACCGAUUCCAACCGAAUGAGAAAUCUUAAUAGAGCUACUCCUAUUGACUGAUUUUAUGUAAUUUAAUCUGCUAUAUAUGUACGCCUUAUUGUAACAAAUUUUAUAA